CUCCACUGUCACAAUCUUCACCGCAUUUCUCAUAACAACACACACAAAUACACUCUCUGUUCAAAUGGAUUCCAUUGGAGCUUCUUCUACACCGUUCGACUCGUUCAAAUCGAAGAAAGUCCUCCGAUCCUCCGUCGGCAAACAACAUUCCGCCGACGAAGCAGAUGGAGCACCAGAUCAGAUGCCGUUGAGCACCACGACUCCUGCAACGCCUACACAACCGCCUCGAAGAUCUCUCACCCGCCGCCAAGCAUUGCGAUCAGUGAGUCAAGUCAGGGAAGCGGCCAAGCACUUCCGAAAGUCAGAUCUGAAACCUUCUGUUUCCUCUGACCCGUUAACAUCAUCCGUUACCCCAAGCAAAAACCUAAUCACGAAGCCAAAGACACCCAAAGCCCUUCCAAAAAGUUACGAAAUAUUGGAUGAGUUCUUUAAUAGCCUGCAAUCUUCUAUUCGAAUUCUUGGAUUGAAAGGAUCUAUGUCGACGUUUACAAGCAUUAGCCGUGCGGUGGAGAGUUUAACAGACAGGAGGUUCACUUAUAGUCAUCUAGCUCAGCUCAAGUUUAUUUUGCCUGAGGGGAUUGAGAUAAAGAAGAUUCUUGUCCGCGAUGAACGAACCAGUUGCAUGAAACCAGAACUUGACGUGACUUUGAAUUUCAACAUCAUUCAGGAUGAUGAAAAGCUAAAAUCAGAGAGCAAGAACAUACUGAUGAGGAAAUUGUUUCGAUCCAGGCUUGUGAGCUACUAUAAAUCCAAUCCCGAGGGAGAUGAAGUUCCAGAGGAGAUGUUACCUGAACCAUUCAAUCAAUCGAGCUGUGUGCCAUCUUCAAAUGCAAUGAAAAAUCCCAAUUUAGGCUCAGUUCAGGAUACAGCCUCUCAACAUCAGCCAUUGGUAGCAUCUCAUAUGCCUCAGUCUUUCAAGAGACGCUUCUCAAAACAGGUUUCUGACAAUAGCUCCGCCAAAGUAGCUUGUGUAUCCGUUGCUCCAUCUCUAGUUCAAAAGUGCUCAAACUUACCUGAAACUCCAAUUAAGAGCUUUUCAAAGAAAGGAAAUCUUUCUUCCAUUGAUGGAACUCCUGCCAAGCUUUUUUCUACUCCAAUGAGUGCUACACCUGCACAAGCCUUACGAAUGCCAGUAAGGAGUUUAGUUACUCCUGAUGAAGAAGAUUCAAUUAUGUCUCCUACCAAAUCAGUGCCCAACAAGUUAACUAGACGUGUUAGAAGAUUGUUUGAGACUCCUGUGAAGAAUAAAACGCCUCCUGUCAAAAUUGCAUCUUCUUUUGAUGAUGGUCUUUGUGAUAUUCUUUCAGGGGAUCUGUUUGCAUCCAUUAAAGAAAAGGAACGAAAAGCAAAGGAGGAGAAUAAUCCAGCAAUCUCACAUGCUAAAUGGAGGAAACAAAUGAUUGCAGGGCUACCCAAGCUUUUUGACUCUCUUUUGUUUAUCUUUCAAAAACGCUCAGUCAUCACAAAAGAGGAGCUCAUACACACAAUAAUCUCAUGCCGUUUGGAAAUUGUUGAUAGAAGAGAAGUUGAGGAACAACUCAUGUUGUUGCAAGAACUAGCACCUGAAUGGAUUCAUCAGAAAAUGGCAUCCAGUGGUGAUCUUCUCUUCUGUGUUAACAAGAUAUCAAGCCCAGAGUCGAUACGCACAAGAUUAUCAGAAGCUAACUAAGUGAAUGCUCGUUAAUUAGAUUGUAAAUCUUUUCACCAUUUUUGUAAUUUAAUUUUUUAGCUGAAAGUGUUAGGCCAAUCAGUUUGACAUCAUAGAGAUAGAUAGUAUCUGCUUAAUUUGAUAUAUGGAAUAAAAAAAGAAGAAGCAGUAACAUUUAUCAAUAUACCAC